AUGACGAUCGGAUUCACACCACCGGCCCGCAACGAUGAGACUAUCAUGUAUACGUACACAGACGAGGCUCCGAUGCUCGCCACGCAUGCCUUCUUCCCAAUCGUGAAGGCAUUCUGUGGGCACGCCAGCGUCGCCGUGGAGCUGAAGGACAUUUCAGUAGCAGGCCGCGUGCUGGCGCAAUUCCCUGAUUGCCUCAAGGACGACCAGAAGACGGCCGACAUCCUGGCCGAGCUCGGCUUGUUGGCCCAGAGCGGGAAGGCGAACAUCAUCAAGCUUCCGAACAUCAGCGCCUCUGUGCCGCAGUUGAGGGAGUGCAUCAAGGAGCUGCAGGGCCAGGGCUUCGCCGUGCCCGACUACCCCGAGGAGCCCAAGGACGAGCGCGAGAAGGGCAUCAAGGACCGCUACGGCAAGGUCCUGGGGAGCGCGGUCAACCCAGUGCUGAGGGAGGGCAACUCGGACCGGCGAGCGGCGGUGCCAGUGAAGGAGUACGCGUUCCGGUACCCGCACUCCAUGGGCAGCUGGGACACGAAUUCGAAGACCGUCGUCCGCAGCAUGCCAGACGGCGAUUUCUACUCGCACGAGCGUUCCGUCGUCGUGGAGGCGCCUUGCACCAUGCGGAUCGAGCUGCGCGCUGACGACGGCACGACGACAGUGUUGAAGCAGAGCGUACCUCUCAAGGCUGGAGAGGUGUUGGACGGCAGCUUCAUGGACUGUGCGAUGCUGUGUGACUUCUACGAGAAUGCGAUCCAGGAGGCUCAGGCGUCUGGGGUUCUUUUCUCGCUCCACCUGAAAGCCACUAUGAUGAAGAUCUCUGACCCGAUCAUGUUUGGGCACUGCGUGAAAGUUUAUUUUAAAGAAGUGUUCGCGAAACACAGGGAUACGUUCGCCAACCUUGGCGUCGACGUGAACAAUGGCUUGGGCGAUAUUUACAAGAAAAUAUCGGCGUUGCCAGAACCUGCGCGCAAGGCCAUCGAGGACGACAUCAUGGCAACGUAUGCCAAGCGCGGGGACAUGGCCAUGGUGGAUUCCAACAAAGGCAUCACGAAUUUGCACGUCACAGCCACCCUGCCAGCGAGCACUUGGCAUUCUAGCGCGCCCCAGCGUACCAGGGGGCAGCGGAUUGACAAUUCGAUGCCGACGGCGAUCCGCGGCGGCGGGAAGAUGUGGAACAAGGACGACAAGGAGCAGGAUUUUUUGGCCGCCAUUCCUGAUCGAGGGUAUGCCAUCGUUUUUCACGAAGUGGUCGAGUUCUGCAAGAAGCACGGUGCCUUUGACCCCAAGACCAUGGGUGCCUGCCCCAACGUGGGCCUCAUGGCACAGAAAGCGGAGGAAUAUGGCUCGCAUCCGUGCACCUUCGAGAUCAAGAGUCCUGGAACUGUCUGCAUCGUGGUCAACGAGACCGAGCAGGUUUUGAUGGGGCACAAGGUGGCCGCGGGCGACAUUUACCGGUCGUGCCAGACAAAGGAUGCCCCAAUCAAGGACUGGGUGAAGUUGGCCGUGAACCGGUGCCGUGCCAACAAUUUCCCGAACAAUGACAAGCCGUGUAAGGCGAUCUUCUGGCUGGACCCGGCUCGCGCACACGACGUGAUCCUGAUGGAGAAAGUUAAAAAGUAUUUGCCAGAGUUCAGCCCUGAGGGAUUAGACAUCGAGGUCAUGUCGCCGAUGCUGGCCACGCGCGUGACGUGCCAGCGCGCCAAGGACGGACUGAACACCAUCACGGUUACCGGCAACGUGCUGCGGGACUAUCUGACCGACCUCUUCCCCAUCCUGGAGCUCGGCACCUCCGCGAAGAUGCUCUCCAUAGUGCCCAUGCUCGCAGGCGGUGCCAUGUACGAGACUGGUGCUGGUGGUUCUGCGCCCAAGCACGUGCAGCAAUUUGUUGAGGAGGGCCAUCUUCGCUGGGACUCCUUGGGCGAGUACCUCGCACUCUCGUGCGCGUUCACCGACCUCGGGGUCCGCAACCCGAAGGCCAAGGUCCUGGCCGACACCUUGGACAAGGCCGUGGGCACUUUCUUGGUCGCCAACAAGAACCCCUCGCGGAAGGUGAACCAGAUCGACAAUCGUGGCAGUCAUUAUUGGCUAGCACGCUACUGGGCCGAGGAGCUGGCGAAGCAGACCGCGGACGCUGGUCUGGCUUCAUCGUUCGGGAAGUUCGCCUCCGAUCUUGCUGGGAGCGAGGGGAAGGUGCUGCAGGAGCUCAUCGACUGCCAGGGCAAGCCAGUGGACGUCGGCGGCUACUACAGGCUCGACAAAGCCAAAGCCGACGCGGCGAUGAAUCCCAGCGCGACGCUCAACGAGAUCGUCGUCCGCAUGUCGCAGGGCCUCGACGCCAGGAUCUGA